AUGCCUCGUGCAGCACCAGCUCAUAUUACAAAACACUUGCCCGUCCUUGAUUACCCUUUUACUUCGACUAUCUCAUUCCAACUCCUUCAGUCGGACAAUGGCUCUCACAAUGGGACAACUUUAUGGCUAGGCGCGCAGUGUCUUUCAGCCUAUCUUCGUCAGUGUGUCAAGCCAGCUCAUUCGGUCAUCGAACUGGGCAGCGGCAUUGGGCUUACAAGUCUGGUCCUAAGUAGUCUGGGUUGGAAGAAGGUUGUCGCCACUGAUACAGCUUCAGUCAUCAGCUCAGUACUUUCCCAAAACAUCACGAAUAACAGUCUUGGAGGGGAUGACUGCAGAAUUCUCGUUCGUGAAUUGGAUUGGACAAUAUCGCCUGAACGAUGGACAUGGGACAAUGACUACGUUGUGACUUCUGCAUCUUACACGUCAACCACAAGGCGACUCUCACAUCCAUUCGACCUUAUCGUGACAGCCGACACCGUGUACGAACCCAGUCUCCUUGAACCGCUCCUACGUACCAUACACGGGCUGUGCACAAUGUCUGUCGCGGUCUCCCCCAACAGUCGAGCACCCAUGAUAUUAUUGUGCUUUGAACGUCGUGACCCCGUCCUCGUUGAUUCUUUACUGGCGGCUGCACGAAAUAAAUGGAAUUUCCGAGUCAACAAAGUUCCUGGCCGAAAGCUCUCCAAGGCGAUGGAAAAAAGCGGAUUAGAUUGGCGGAGAAGCGAUUGGGAAGGCGUUGAAGUAUGGAAAUUCGUGUUCAGGCGAGCACCACUAACGGCAUAA